UUGAAGCUGUUAAUAUUGCAAAGCACAUUUCAGUAGAGCACAAAGGAGCAGCAUGGCAGUUCUGGAAUGAUGUGUCGUCAACAUUAAAAACUGUGACUGGAGCUGAUGCUGUGAGCUUCAGAGUGGACAGAGCAGACUUUGCUUCACCUGGGACUCACUUGGACCAUACCUACAUUCCGACGGUUGUUGGUGCGGAAAUCGUUGCUUCCACACCUGAUAAUGAUUACGAGGAUAAUGAAUCGCUGUAUCACUCAGAGAGCAUACCUAUGCAGAGAUAACAAUGUCGUCAGAAUCUAAGCAGAAGAUUGAAAAGGGAACAAAUGUAGAUGAUAGUCUGUUAUCCACAUCCAGAGAAUCACUUGUGAAACCAAGACGGACUAGAGGAAGGCCAAGAAAAACUAUCCAGGAAAAUAGUAAUGAUCAAGUGCCACAUGUCACAGAUGUGGAUAAGUUAAUUGAGGCCAUUGCAACAACAAAAGUUGAAAUAAAGAGUCAGAAAGAGUCAGAAAAAUGCUACUUAUGCGGACUAAACAUUGAACCUCAAGCACAAAAUCAGGAAGCUAUUCCUCAUCCAGAAAAUAAAGACACUUGUAGUGCGUGUGGUAGUGUUGUUCCUGUUAAACGAAAGCGCAGAAGAAAAGCUGUGAAAACUUCAGACACAGAGGAAUUCCUGUGCUCUGUAUGUGGUGUGAACUUUGUGUGUAAGCAAGAUCUUUCUAAUCAUCAGUCAUCGACCCACCCUGACCAUAACAAAGAGGAAAGGUUUGAUGAUUCUGAGAACAUCAAUACAAGUGAUCCUGACUGGAGAGUUAGCAAGAGAAGAAAACGUUUACGUAGUAAGAAAGUUAAAUCAAGCUCCCACGACACAGGGGAGUCUCCGAAGAAAAGAGGACGAAAACGAUUAAACAACAUGAUACCGGGGAAAACAGCCUGCGAUGUUUGUGGUGCUAAUCUCAGUAAUGAGUCAGCCUUGGAAGUGCACAUGAGAAAACACUCUGGGGAGAAGCCGUUUAGUUGCAAGGAGUGUGGUAAAAGUUUCACAACGAAGUGUAAUAUGCAGCGUCAUGAGAAAACACAUUCCGGUGCAAAACCAUACAAGUGUGAAGAAUGCAACAAAUGGUUUACAGAGAAGAAAAGUGUCAAAGUUCACAUGAGAAGUCACACAGGGGAAAAACCUUACAAAUGUAAAAUAUGUGACCGUAGCUUUGCUCAAACAGGAAUUCUACAGUCCCACAUGGACCUGCACACAGGUCACAAAGGCCAUCUGUGUGAUUACUGCGGGAAGGCCUUCCGCCAGAAAUGCCAGCUGAGGAUGCAUCAGAAGAGGCAUUUUGAUAAACGCUCAUAUAAGUGUGAACAUUGUGGCGCCUGUUUUGUUACCAAAGGAGAUAUGGAUCGACAUCGACUGAAGCAUACAGGUGAACGUCCCUUCCUCUGCACCCACUGCCCAAAGAGCUUCACGCGAAUGCAGUAUUUACGGGAGCAUGUGAACCAGCACACUGGCACCAAACCUUACACCUGUAAAGUCUGCAGCUCCUCCUUCCAUGAUCUAUCCACCUAUCACAGACACCUGAGAAAACACAAACUGGAGGCCGAAAGAAAGGUAGCUGUGCUAUAUUCUGGUGGAGAAAGUGAACAAGAAAAGUCUGAAAUAACCACGGUAUAUUUUUCCAGUGAAGUUGAUGUAGGGAGUCAGUUUGACUCCACUAACACCAGUGUUCACUCCCACAUGCCACUCUCUCACAGUCUGCUGACGCAAAAUUCAUCUGGGGGAUUUGAACUUGCAUGUAUUCCCCAGAGGAUGCUGGAUGAGGCGACAGGGCAAGCAAAAGAGGUUAGAAAUGUUACCCAGGUUGAGGAUUCGUUAGCUGGUGUUGGUGACACCGGCGACCUAGGUAACGUGACUGUGGUAGUGAAAGGGGAUCAGGGCUCUGCCAAAUCUGACGUCACAACUUUACUUUUGUCCCCUGAAGACUUGAACCAUUUGCAGGGUGGGCGACAGGCUUCAGAGAUAGGCCUGACAAAUGUUCGAGAACAAGUGGAGGAUGCAAGUUCCCUCCAGCAUAUAAAAGUCACAGACAUUUCUCAGCUUCCACCUUCAAUGCAGAACACACAACUAAUUACGGCAACUAACAACGGACAGACCUCCUACCAUCUUGCCUAUGUGGAAUCUGGUACUCAUUAUGUAAUUACAGAGGAUGAUAUAUCCGCCAUGAAUCUCCUUGCAUCUGCAUCAAAUCAGCAGUUAUCUACACAAGCAUUAGAAUAGCGCUGUCCAUCUGCAGAUACCUACUAACAAUUAAACAAAACAUUUCCAUUUGUGCCAGAUAUGUACUAGGGGGAAUAGAAGAUCUGUGCAUGCACAAACUUUAUAGCAUAUCGAAAUACCUGUACUCCAAAACAUUUUAUCUGCCUCAGAUUUUUAUAUUUUAGGAAAAAAAUAUUAACAAAGCUCACUAUUUUGCUGGUUCUCUCGGUAUACCCGAAAUAGAUGCAUCAAGCUUAUGAACCAAUAAAGUAUAUUAGGUCUUGCCUCUAUGUUGCCAAUACAUUUGCUCAAAAUUCCACUUUAGAGCAUGUCAGUAUUUUUAAGUAACAUGUAAAUAAAUAUCUGACUGGCAACAGAAUAUGCUUGUUAUUUAUCUCAAUUCACUGUAACUGCCCUGAGUAGAGGACAAGUCAGGCACAGGGAAACCUCUAAGCUUCCAGCCCAGUGGCAGCCCUGAAUACUGAACAGCCUACUACGGGUAUAUGUAUUAACAAAUUAACAAUAGUUAAUGUUAUGUAUUGGUUCCUACCCUUUAUAAAGAGUUACCAAGGUCAUAAAUAAAUCUCCAGUCAUAAUUUGUUAUUAAAAAGGUAUGAAUUUUAGGGAAACUCGUCCAGAAAGGCUAUUGUCAUAUUAAAUUCAUUGCAUGAAUGGGUCAUAGGUGAUGACUGAACUACUUCUUUGUUCACGUCUGUAUUCCAGUCGUGUUAUGAGGCAGUCGCAAAUAGCGCCUGACAAAACUUGCAUGACAGUAUGAAGUGUGGUCAUGGUGGUAGUCACCAAUUAUUGCCAAGUUUGGAAUUCUGUUUUUAGACAUGUUUGAAAUACCAAUAUAAUUUGGAUUGUUGUACAGGAGACAGUUCAUGAGCCAUAAUAGCCAGACCUUGCACAUUGUAACACUUUCUUAUUGGAUUUAACAACUAAACAUCACAUCUUAGGCCCUUAAAAGUGAAAUUUACACUACAGGAGAUACUUCUCUGAUGACAGCAAAUCUUGGUUUCUUUACCAAAAUGUAUGUUGUAUUCGCACAUUAGGUAUGUUUCUAACCCUCUUAUAUUGUACAGUAACUCUUGAGCAGGUACACAUUUGAGCGAGAGGUGAAAAUGAUAAAAGUGUCUCGUGGGUUAUCAUUUCCACAUUUCAUAAGAAAAAUAUUUAUGAUAUUCAACCUUCUCUGUGCAAUAUUCUGUUUAUUAUUUGAAUUGACAUUGUCAUGAUUUUGUGUAUUUGAACAAGUUUAACUGAACAUGUUUCUAGCUGUUGACAUUCACAGACUUGUGUAUAUAGCAUGACGUUGCACAGAACGUCUUGAAUAUCAAGUCGCAGUCUUGUUGUGUGACAUAAGAAUGUUAAAGUUGACUGAAUUUGUAAUAUGACGUCAUUCUGCUGAGCUCCAAUUGGGACAUCAUAAAACAAAAUGUUUUUUUUUUUCUGAUGUCCUGGUGUCUGGGUGUGUAAUAACAAAAGUGAUAUCUGACUGAGCCAGUGUGAAAUCACAGUGAAGGAAAUCUUGACAUUUCACCUUUUAAUAGAUAGUAAUAAAUAGUACAUAUCCAACAGUAUGUGGAAGGACAGACUGUAUUUCAUACAAAUAUACAAAAGAAUAUUAAGAGAACCAGCAUAACAAUGAAUACACUUGUUUGACAUUAAAAAAAUGACUGAUUACAAUUUCAUUCUUUUGAUCAAAAUUGCCAAUUUAAAAACACUCUCAACAACAUAUUCACUAGCCCCCUCAAAAAUGUAUAUAUUACUGUUAAAUCAUUUUGACUGAAAACAGAAUAUUGCAUAGAUUCUCGUUACAUCAAAUGAGAUGUUUUUAAAUGAUCUUUCAAAAUACAGGGACCCAUUUUACAAAGCUGUUGAAACACCAUGCCAAGGGCAUUUACCACGGAAGUUAUGUCGUGCAAUAUUUGAGUCUGCAUUGAACAGGCUCCCGAUACACCUAUUAACAGGUAAAUGAAAUCUUAGUUAAGAUUAACAAGACAUACAUUUGCUUCAUGAGAAGUAAUGUAUGAAUACAGCAUCUUGUAUUUGAACAAGUCAGAGUGAAUACUCAAUUAUAACAAAAUGAUCACAAUGUAAUAUCACAGUCAGUCUCAAAUUUUACUAGCAUAUAAAGCCGAACUUAACAAGAAACAGGAAAUUAGAGAAAAUCAGUUAUGACCAGUUACCCACAGACACAACUGCUUAAAGUAAAAUAUAAUGAAAAUAGAGUGACCUAUUAUCCUUUAUUUAAAACUAUACUAUAUAAUAUAGUCCAAAUAAUUACCCUCUGCAAAGUGUCAGCCUCGUGUGUACAUAUGUUAUGAUGUAAUGUUCAAAACUGGUAAUGCAGUUCCUCAAAUACAGAACUUGCACACUUCUUUUAACAGUAUAAAUAGGACAUGUAUGACAGCAAUUCUAGGUAAAUGCAGAAAAUUUGGUUCAAUUAUUUACCAAAAAUCUCUGGUACAGCCGCUCUAAUACAACCAACCAAGUUCACUUCAUGUACAAGGUACAAGUAUAAUAUUACCCCAUUAGCAGUCAGCAAGUUUGGUGGUUUACUCUAGAUACUCCUGUUUCCUUAACCAAUAAACCUGAUGCCAUCAUUUAUGGCCAAAAUUUCCGAGUAGGGCAUUAAGCAGAUGGCGUGUCGUUGAAGGUAUUGUGUGAACAAAAACAAUACAGUGACCCUUUUUUAAAGCUGCUGAUAAGUUAACAUAUACAUGUAGCAUACGAUCUACUACUUGAACACAAAUUUGGGUUUUACCACGUAACAUGUACUAGGUCGAACAGUAGGCCUAUCCAUUCCACAACUGUGAGCCGUACAAACUUCAUCAUGGAACUUAGUAAUGAAUCAAGUAAUAUUGACACCAAUACUUUCUGAAAAUAAUCAUUUGGCAUUUUAGUAUCACAAAUAGAAGAGUCUGAGUUGAUGAACUGCCCUGACUGGAAGUCUAUCACCAAUAGAAACCGGGGGAAAAGCAGCACCAGAUUCAUGACGAUAGGUCUCAAAACAGAGAACAAAUCCGUACCCAAAGUAGACCGGGACUGGCUCUUCACUGCACUUAACUUCUGCUACAAUAGGUUUCAAACAGGGAAUGAAUCAGUACCCAAAGUAGACCGAGAUCAGAUCUGUGCUGUGAUUAACUUUUGCUACAAUAGGUCUCAAACAGGGAAUGAAUCAGUACCCAAAGUAGACCGAGAUCGGCUCUGUGCUGUGAUUAACUUCUGCUACAAUAGGUCUCAAACAGGGAAUGAAUCAGUACCCAAAGUAGACUGCGAGCGGCUCUGUGCUGUGAUUAACUUCUGCUACAAUAGGUCUCAAACAGGGAAUGAAUCAGUACCCAAAGUAGACCGAGAUCGGCUCUGUGCUGUGAUUAACUUCUGCUACAAUAGGUCUCAAACAGGGAAUGAAUCAGUACCCAAAGUAGACCGAGAUCGGCUCUGUGCUGUGAUUAACCUCUGCUACAAU